CCUAACCGUUUCAGGGACUUUUAUUCUGUUUCGCGUCUUCCGUCUUUCUGUUUCCGGUUGCGAUCAGACCGUUGAAAUGCCUCAAGGUAAACAGAAAUUCAAGGCGCAGCGACCCGGAGGAGCUAAAAAGCAACCACAAAAACCGAAAGGACUCAAGAAAGGGGGAAGAAUAAUCGCACCCAAAAAAGCUCAAGUGGUCGAACAGCAGAAGCUUAAGAAGGGUUUGGAGGUGGCCAUCAGGAACAGGAUCGAGCAUGAAGUCACACAGAGGGCCAGCAAGUCCCUUCAUAAGAAACUGAGUGUGCUGAAGACUCCAGCAGGGAAGAGCGGGACCUCUGGACCCCCAAACCCAGCUGCUGGAUCCUCCACAUCCACCUGAAGACAGGCAAUCAUGUAGUGUACUGUACAGCCGCUAGAUGGCGCCAUAUAAAACCUGAUGUGUACCUCUC